GCGAUAUUUGCAUCUUUAUUUCCUCGGCCGCCUCCCUCAAACCUACAAGGGAAAUCUUCCUUUUUUUUCUUUCUCUUCAUUGAGGCUGUCACAUUGAUUUGAUAACCAGAGAUUACAAGCUCUACAUCAUGGCUAGAAAAGCUAGAAUGGAAAGAGAUGAUGAUGAGGACUACACAAAGGACGGGACCGUUGACAUCUACAAAAAACCAGCUAAUAAGAAGAAAACUGGAACGUGGAAGGCCUGCCCUUUCAUCCUCGGGGAUGAAGGAUGCGAGCGAUUGGCAUACUAUGGUAUGAGUACUAAUUUGGUGAACUACAUUCAGCAAAAGCUCAAUCUAAAUAAUGCUGCGUCGUCAAGAAGUGUAACGAAUUGGCAAGGAACCUGUUAUGUCACGCCAUUGCUUGGAGCAUUCUUGGCUGAUGCCUAUCUCGGGCGAUACUGGACAAUUGCAACUUUCUCAACCCUUUAUAUCAUUGGAAUGGCAUUCUUGACAAUGUCUGCUUCAAUAAGUGGACUAAAGCCAGCCUGUGAUAACGAAAGUUGCAACCCAACAGGAUCACAGAAAACAGCAUUCUUUGUUGCAAUCUACUUGAUUGCCUUUGGAACUGGUGGGAUAAAACCUUGUGUCUCUUCUUUCGGGGCAGAUCAAUUUGAUGACAAUGAUGAAACUGAAAAGAAAAGCAAAAGCUCUUUCUUUAACUGGUUUUACCUCUCAAUCAACAUUGGUGCACUUAUCGCUUCGUCUGUUUUAGUUUGGAUACAAAUGAAUGUAGGCUGGGGCUGGGGUUUUGGGGUUCCAGCUGUGGCUAUGGCCAUCGCAUUAGUGUUUUUCUUUUCAGGUACACGUCUAUAUAGGCUCCAGCCGCCAGGAGGGAGUCCCCUUACUCGCAUAUUGCAGGUAUUUGUAGCAUCUAUCAGAAAAUGUAAUGUCAAACCUCCUCCUGACGAGUCUCUUCUUUAUGAGACUUCUGAUGUCGAAUCCAACAUCAAGGGAAGUCGCAAGCUUGAGCACUCAGAAGAAUUCAGGUUCUUUGACAAGGCUGCUGUAGAAACUGGAUCUGAUAAAGUCAAUGGAUCAGUGAAUCCCUGGAAGCUCUGCACAGUGACUCAAGUUGAAGAGGUCAAGUCGAUCAUCCGUCUACUCCCCGUGUGGGCUACUGGUAUUGUGUUUUCCUGUGUCUACAGUCAGAUGAGCACAAUGUUUGUUCUACAAGGCAACAUAAUGGACCAACACAUUGGCACUAACUUCACAAUUCCAUCGGCAUGUUUAUCCAUAUUUGACACCCUCAGUGUAAUUUUCUGGGCGCCUAUUUAUGACCUAGUCAUCAUUCCCCUUGCACGAAAGUUGACAGGCCACGAACGAGGAUUUACUCAGCUGCAGAGGAUGGGUAUCGGUCUUGUUAUUUCAAUAUUCGCCAUGGUUGCUGCUGGGGUUCUAGAGGUGAUUCGGCUUGACUAUGUAAGGAGGAACAACUAUUAUGACCUCAAGACGAUUCCUAUGUCCAUCUUCUGGCAAGUUCCUCAAUAUUUCUUGAUUGGAUGCGCGGAGGUUUUCACAUUCAUCGGUCAGCUAGAGUUCUUCUACGACCAGGCUCCUGAUGCUAUGAGAAGUUUGUGUUCAGCCCUCUGUCUUACAACAACUGCAUUAGGUAAUUACCUAAGUAGUCUCAUCGUUACAAUUGUGACCAAUGUAACCACAAGGCAUGGAAAGCUUGGAUGGAUUCCAGAUAACUUGAACAGAGGCCACCUUGAUUAUUUUUACUGGCUAUUGGCCAUCCUCAGCUUCAUCAACUUUUUCGUUUAUCUCUGGAUUGCGAAAUGGUACACUUACAAGAAGGUAACUGGGAAGCCAGCUUUAACACGUUAG